UCCUGACAUUGGUCAGUUAUAGUUAUUUAGUAAGAAGCAAAAUGAUUGUUGGCCUGCCUGAAAAUAGCUCUAAUUUAAGAUAAAUUCCCGCCAGUUCUUUUUUGUGGCACAGCAAAGUAAUAGCAACAAGUGUUAUUUGUCAUUUGUAACACUUUAUAAUUUACAUUUUUCUUUUACUACCUUAAUUUUCACUAUUCCUUAACAAAAUGGAUUCUAGUUCUCCGGUACGUUCUGAAAGACAUGCAGAAGCAAUGACAUCUCCUGCACCAGAAAUAGAUGAACCAUUUGAAGAUGAAGCUGAUUUACUUGAUGCUGAUAAUGAUGUUCCUCAAGAAGAGGAGGAAGGAGAAGAGCUAUUUGGAGAUAACAUGGAAGAUGAUUAUCGUCCUAUGCCAGCAUUAGAUAGAUAUGAUCCAGAUGCUGCAGAUGAUGAAGAGUACUCAGAAUUGUCUCAAGGAGAACGUGUAGCUGCUGAAGCUGUUAUGCGUAAAAGAGAUAGAGCAGCUGGCAUUAUCAGAGAUGACAGAUAUUUACUUUAUGAUGAAAGUGAUGACGAAGAUGUACAUGCACGUAAACGACGUAUGGCUGAAAAAGCAGCAACAGGUGAAAUUGAUGAUGCAGAAAUGAUUGAGUCUAUUGAGAACUUAGAAGAUACUAAAGGUCAUUCAGUUAAAGAGUGGGUAUCCAUGUUAGGACCGCGAACGGAAAUUUCGAAUCGUUUUAAAAGUUUUUUACGUACACAUACCAAUUCUAAGGGACAAUAUAUGUAUAAAGAACGAAUUCGUCAUAUGUGUGAGAGUAAUCAGUCUAGUUUUGUUGUGGAGUUUCCUAUUCUUGCCAGUAAAGAACACGUGUUAGCUUAUUUUUUACCAGAAGCCCCAUUUCAAAUGUUGGAAAUAUUUGAUGAAGUAGCAAAGGAACUAGUACUAACUAUUUUUCCAAGUUAUGAAAGAGUUACAAGCGAAAUUCAUGUUAGGAUAUCAGAAUUGCCUUUAAUAGAAGAAAUUCGAACAUUUAGGAAACUUCAUUUAAAUCAGUUAGUACGUACUUUAGGAGUUGUAACUGCAACUACAGGAGUAUUGCCACAAUUAUCUGUUGUAAAAUACGAUUGUACAAAGUGUGAAUAUGUACUUGGUCCUUUUGUACAAAAUCAAAAUACCGAAGUUAAGCCAGGAUCCUGUCCUCAAUGUCAAAGUGUUGGGCCUUUUAUGAUUAAUAUGGAACAAACGAUAUAUAGAAAUUAUCAAAAAGUUACCAUCCAGGAAUCGCCGGGUAAAAUUCCUGCAGGAAGAAUACCUAGAAGUAAAGAAUGUAUUCUUUUGUCAGAUCUGUGUGAUCGUUGUAAGCCUGGAGAUGAAGUAGACGUUACAGCCGUUUAUACAAAUAGUUAUGAUGGUUCUUUAAAUACGGAACAAGGAUUCCCAGUAUUUGCAACAGUUCUUCUAGCUAAUCAUCUACAAGUGAAAGACUCAAAAGAAAUUGUAGAAUCUUUGACUGAGGAGGACAUUGCUAGCAUUAUUGGUUUAAGUAGAGAUCAUCGAAUUGCCGAUCGUAUUGUUGCAAGUAUUGCGCCUUCAAUUUAUGGACAUGAAUAUACAAAAAGAGCUUUGGCAUUAUCAAUAUUUGGCGGAGAAUCAAAGAAUCCCGGAGAGAAACAUAAAGUAAGAGGCGAUAUCAAUGUGUUACUUUGUGGGGACCCAGGAACUGCUAAAUCACAAUUUUUGAAAUAUGUAGAAAAAAUUGCACCGAGAGCAGUAUUUACCACUGGCCAAGGAGCCUCAGCUGUUGGGUUGACUGCUUUUGUGAGAAAGUCACCAGCAACUCGAGAGUGGACUUUAGAAGCUGGUGCAUUAGUACUCGCAGAUCAUGGAGUUUGUCUGAUUGAUGAAUUCGAUAAGAUGAAUGAUCAAGAUAGAACAUCUAUCCAUGAAGCUAUGGAACAACAAAGUAUAUCCAUUUCAAAAGCAGGAAUUGUUACAUCACUUCAUGCUAGGUGCUCGAUAAUAGCUGCAUCUAAUCCUAUUGGAGGGAGAUACGAUGCGAGUAUGACAUUUUCAGAAAACGUAGAUUUAUCAGAACCUAUUUUGUCUCGUUUUGAUAUCCUGUGUGUUGUAAAAGACGAAAUAGAUCCUAUGCAAGAUAGGCAUUUAGCUAAGUUUGUUGUAAACUCUCACAUUAGACAUCAUCCAACAAAUGCAGGAAAAGUAAUAUCUACAGAAGAGAAUACGAAUGAUAUAUCUAUUCCACAAGACCUUUUAAAAAAAUAUAUAGUUUACGCAAGACAAAAUGUUCAUCCCAAAUUAACAAAUAUGGAUCAAGAUAAAGUAGCAAAAUUGUACAGCCAGUUAAGGCAAGAAAGUUUGGCCACUGGAAGUUUACCAAUUACUGUGCGACACAUAGAAUGUAUUAUACGUAUGGCCGAAGCAAGUGCUAAAAUGCAUCUACGUGACCAUGUUCAAGAAAGUGAUGUUAAUCUUGCCAUUAGAAUGAUGCUUGAUAGCUUUGUUGAGACUCAAAAAUAUUCAGUAAUGAAAAGUAUGCGCCAGACAUUCCAGAAAUAUUUAUCAUAUCAAAAAGAUCACAGUGAACUUUUAUAUUACAUACUCAGACAGAUUACAUUAGACACUUUAGCAUUUCAAAAAGCUUUACAUGGAGGUCGUAUUACAAGUAUAGAAAUCUCAGAAAAAGAUCUAUUGGAUCGAGCUAAACAAAUCGAUAUAUACAAUCUCCAGCCAUUUUAUGAAAAUGAUAUUUUCAGAACAAAUAACUUUGUUUAUGACUCAAAGAGGAAAGUAAUAAUACAAACACUUCCUGAAAGUAUUGAUGACUAAUGAAACAACACAUUAUAUCAAAGAUAAAAUGAAUUAAGUUACAACUUUAUUUACAUCAUGAUAUACAGACAUAAUUUUUACAGUAAAUUAUACAUUGACGUAAUAGUGUAAUA